AUGGCUGCAAUGAAAAUCAACUCGAUUGUCGGCGCUCUGGCCUUCGCCAGCACGGUCUAUGCUCAUGGCCACGUCAAGAGCUACACCAUUGGCGGUCAGGAAGUGGAAGGAGGCGUCAAUGGCGGUCUGGGCCGGAGCCCCCGCCCUGACACUGCGGCGUGGGUAGCCGACAAUCUGGAUAACGGCUUCGUUAGCGACCCGACCAGCCCAGACAUCGUCUGCCACAAGGGUGGUGAGCCUGGCACUUCUAGUGUCACGGUCGCUGCAGGCGACACCAUCACCAUGAACUGGGACACCUGGCCAGAGUCACACAGCGGUCCGGUCAUUGACUACCUGGCCAGCGCUGGCUCCGAUUUUGCUGGCGUCAGCAAGUCUUCCCUCCAAUUCGUAAAGAUCGCGGAGGCUGGUCUCUCUGGAGGUUCCUGGGCGGCUAACGAACUCAUCGCGAAUGGCAACACCUGGCCCGUCACCAUCCCAAGCUCGAUUGCUCCGGGUAAUUACGUCCUACGCCACGAAAUCAUCGCCUUGCACGAGGGAGGCAAUCCUGGAGGCGCCCAGUUCUACCCCCAGUGUGUCAACAUCGAAGUCACCGGCUCCGGCAGUGACUCUCUGUCCUCCGGCACCGUCGGCACCCAGCUGUACACCGCCAACGACCCUGGCGUUCUCUUCAACAUGUACAACAACCCCACAAGCUACCCUAUCCCCGGCCCCCCUUUGAUGGCCGGCGGUGGUUCUGGCAGCAACCCUGGCUCCGGCGGCAACGGUGGCAGCGGCGGCAGCGGCACAACCAAUCUGCCCGCCCCGGCGCCGACAACGACUCUCCAGACCUCAACUGUCCCUGCUGCUACUCCUACCACAACCACUCCUGCGAACGGUGGCUCUGGCACCGUCGCGCAAUACCAGCAGUGCGGCGGCCAAGAGUUCACCGGCCCAACCACUUGCCAGUCCGGCCUGACCUGCACGGAGCUCAACCCGUACUACUUCCAGUGCUUGUGA